AAUACUGCACAUCUAGAUGAAAAAUGGCUGCAUCGUGUGCGUACUUUUGAGAAACAACUGAUCGGCACAUAAAAUAGGUUAAGCGCCAUGAUUUGUUUGGUUGAAGUAUCUAGCCGUACAGAAAGAUAUAAAUUUACCGUAGUAAGUUUAUGUGCCGUUUCUGGACACCGAAACUAAAACCAGUGAUCUGUUGCGGCGCGGCCUUUUGAGUUAUUGAACUGUUAUUACCAAAGAACCCUUGAAGAUGGCUACGGGAGGAGGCAACGGCGCCGGAAGACACAAUCCCCGUUCUUUCUUGGAGGUUCCGGAAGAAGUCCGAGGAGUCAAGAGUAUCUCACCGCGUCGACGCUUCAAGUUGUCCCCGGUGAAUCCGGCCUAUCGCCCCGAUGAUGUCGUGUCCUCGCGGUACUCGGUCACGUCCAGUGACGAGGAGCGCGAAUCGCCUUCAAGGGGUUGGCGCUCAGAAGGGGAAUAUGAUGACCAUCAUAGAGGGCCUUUACCGGAUCUCCGGACGGGCUUAGAAGACGACUAUCGCCGCCUGGAGGAGCUCGAUGUUCCCGCCUCUCUCCCGCGGUACAAUGUGGACACCAUGAUCCGUUACGAGCCCCCGGCCCCGCCCAAGCCCGCGCCCCACGAGGGCCGCUUCACCACCAAAGUGGUGACGUUUUACCGGAACGGGGACAAGCACUUCAAGGGGGUGACCUUGCCGGUCAACCAGCGCAAUUUCCGGCUGUGGGACACGCUGCUGAAGUAUCUGGCGGAGAAGAUCCACCUGCCUUACGGCGUGCGGUACGUGUACUCGCUCGGAGGAGAUCAGAUCACAAGCAUCGCGGAGCUUGUGGACGGCAGGGCUUACGUCUGCGCCAGUGGGCAAUUCGCCAAGAACAUCCCGUACGGGAGGGCCCAGCACGCCGAUCGGCCCUGGUUGAACCAGAAACCCAGCGAAGGUGUCCGCGGUGCGGACCGUGAGCUCUACCAGAACGAGCCGUCCAGACGCUGGCACGAGACGGUGGAUCAGAUCGCGGGCGAGCGGGAGCCGCUGCCGACCCUGGCGCAAUACGUCCCGCACAACCCCAACGUCAACUCCAUCCUGGCGAUCGAGACGUCGUAUGUCGGGCACGCUAAGCCCAGGAUGGUACUGAUUAUCAGUAACACUCACAGGACAAGCCGAGCGUCUAUACUUCUCAACCCCAAGACGACUCAGAGCUUUGAGCAGGUGCUCCGUGAUAUGACGUCGGCAAUCGUGAUGACCAGCCCGCCCGUGAAACAACUCUUUACGUGGAGAACGGAGGAACCGGUCCUGAGUUUCACGCAGCUUUUCCGCGACUUCAAGAACCACGACAAGUUCAUCGCCUGCGGCCUGGAGCCGAUCCGACGAACGGCCAACUUCAGCGACUCCAGCACCGAGACCGAGUACGCCGACGGCAGAGGGCGCUUCAAGGGGUCCCUGAGCGACGGGGCGGUCCGGGAACGGGACGGCAAGUACGCCAGCAUGCACCGGCGGAAGGUCAACCGGAGGGCCAAGGGGUUGCAACGGAACGGCGUGGCGAGCAGUCUGGAAGUUUAUAAUGCCGACGAGUCCAACAGUCCCCGCUCGUCACUCGAAGACAGCCCCCGGCUUCCACCCAUGAAGCCCCGCCGAGCAUUCGGCAGUAGCGACGGGUCGGACCCGCCAAGCGACCGGCGUAAACUCCACCGCCAAUACCCCUCUCAGAAAAACCCCCGCGUGCAAGACGAGGUACCAAUGGAGAUCGGCGACCCCAACAAGGGGUAUAACCUAAGACAGAGGAAACCAGCGCAGCAGGGGAUAGAGAUGGACUCCGAGGAUUCCACACCGGAGCGUUCGUUGGAGGCAGCAGGCCCGGGGGCCAGGGAGCGGGGAAGGAAGCGGGGCCUGGCCGCGCCAGUCACGGUGGAGAUCCACGGGCAGGUCAGGCAGUUCUUACCGCCCUCCAUCGUGGACCCGAGGAACACCACCCGCGUGGGCUUGGCACUGAACAAACGCCUCAAGCUGGAUUGGGUCUAUGGCUACCGAGGUUUCGAUCACUGUAAUAACCUCUUCGUGCUACCGUCUGGCGAGCUGCUGUACUACGUGGGAGCCGUGGGCGUGUUGUACGACAAGGACACGGACAGGCAGCGGCACUACACGGGACACAACGAAGACAUAACCAGUAUGGCCGUUCAUCCAAAUGGGACGCACGUCGCAACUGGGCAACUCGCCGGUCAGCUUCCGGAUUCAACGCCACGAGAUAUUGCCAUGUGCCAUUCGGCACAUAUUCGCGUUUGGGAGGUGGAGACACUGCACACGCACGCCAUCUUGGGGCUGAAUUUCUUCGAUGCCGGAAUCGCUUGCCUCAGCUUCUCCAAUGAGAACAACGGUGACUGGUUACUGGCCGUUGAACAAGGAACCGAUCACUUGCUCAGCGUGUGGGAAUGGAACAAUGAUACACUGCUCGCCAAGUCGAAAGAGUACACGCUGUACGAUGCAGCCUCCACACAGACGGCUGGAGCGGAUGCGGUAGUGGUAGGUUCCUUCCAUCCCUUCGAUGAUAGCAUCAUAGUCACCGCCGGCAGACAGCAUCUGUUCUUCUGGAGCAUCGUCCAUCGGAAGAUCGUCCGCGACAAGAAGAGCGGCAACUUUGAUCAGAACCAGCGGCCGUCGUACGUGACUUGCCUGGAAUUCUCCCACACUGGUGACGUAUUGACGGGUGAUUCGUCGGGUAACAUCACCGUCUGGGAAAAAGACAACGAGAACGUGUUCCGUGCCCGCCACUGCAUACAGCACGCGCACGAGCGCAGCGUCUUCGCACUGUGCAUGCUGGAGGACGGUACCUUGUUGUCCGGCGGUGGACUGGAUAGGAGACUACAGGCCUGGGACUCGCUGCAAGGCUACUCAUCGGCCAACAUCGAGAGACUUUUCACGGAGAGUGCUGGUGGCAUCCGCGCUAUCGUGCCUCUCAACCCGGGCAGCCCCGACGGGCGAAUCAUCCUGGGAACCACCCGCAACCACAUCAUGGAGGGAUCGCUGCAAACUAAAUUCAUCUAUGUUUUGCAGAGUCACUGUCAGGAGUUGUGGGCAGUGGCUGCCCAUCCCAACGAGCAAGCCUUCGCUACGGCAGGCUACGACAAGUACGUCAUGCUAUGGCAGGCCGACUCGCACAAAUUGCUGUGGAAGUCAGAAGUGGAGAAACCGUGCGUGUCCUGCGCCUUCAAUCCAUCAGCUUCAGUGCUCGCCGUUGGUACUACUGUCGGUCGGUUUACCGUACUGAACGCCUAUGACGGCAUGCAUAUCACGUCGGUACAGGCCGGCAGUCAACAACUCGAUGCGGUCCACUUUUCACCUGAUGGCGGUCUGCUGGUGCUUGGGUCACAUGACCACAAGAUCUAUCUCUACACGGUACUGGACGACGGUCAGGUCUACCGCAAAGCUGGGUUUCUGCAGGGUCACACUAAUUACGUAAAGCAGAUUGACUGGUCAGCCGACGGUAGCUACCUGCAGAGUGUGUCGGGAGAUUACGAUCUCAGAUUCUGGGAUGUCACUCAGAUGAAAAAGGAAAAAGCCGAAGCCGUGCGAGAUAUUGUUUGGCAGACUCAGACGUGUGCUUUGGGAUACACAGUUUCAGGGAUAUGGCCAGGAAGGGAAAAUGACAUCGACGUAAACUCGGUGGACCGUUCGCGAACCGGCAGUCUGCUUGCGACAGGGGACAGCUCUGGCUGGCUGUCCCUCUACAGACACCCAUGCACAUCGCUGAAAGCCGCAUCGUAUGACGUCAAGAGCCACAGUGCCCACGUGACCGCAGUCAGGUUUCUGGCCGACGACUCUUGCGUCAUUUCGGCCGGCGGGGCCGACGCAGUGCUGAUGCAGUGGUCGAUCGCGGGCAAGGGCAGCCAGUGGGACCAAGAGGGUGCUCUCGGCUAAAUAAUUAUACGAGAUGUUUUUCUGAGGCCAGAUCACGAGUGCAUCAGGUGGUUAUGAUCUGUUGGAAAUAAUUGCGAGCAAAUUAAGCUUGGGCCAAUCCUGACAUGUGAUGAGGCGUCAGACAUAUUUUUUUGAACUUUGCUGCUCUGUAUUCCAGUUGAAAAACCAAGGACUUUCAAAGAAGUGUAUUUUAUUAUUUUUUUAAAUUGCAGACUGAAAGAGGCAGGAUAUUGCCUGAUCGGCACGUUAAAACAAAAAAAGUAUAUUUAAAUUCAGUUGCAAGCUUCAAGUUUGCUGCUGAUUUGGCAGACGUUGAAGUUAAAUUUUUCACAAAAUUCCACUGUCACGUGACAAAUGUGUAUUAUUUGUAUAUACUGACUCAAUAAGACCUCAGGUGGGCACGGACCCCACUCCAUCCACUGCCGCCUGCUCGAGUGACGACGACCGUUCAUGGUAAAUAGCGCCCUCUUGUGAAUUAGUUUUUAUUAAGCCAGUAGAAAUAAGCCUGCCUAUUCAACAUGGAUGCCGCCCUCUACGAAUGCCUGGUUAAAGUUCCAAGAUCACAGAGCUAGCAAUGAAGGGUUCUAUUUUUGCCGAAAGCUAAAACAGAAGCUGUAUACGAAGUGAAAACUUGGCCCUUUGUAAUAAUUACCAAGUUUGGCAGUAUAAUAAAAGGCAAGGCAGUAGAUAUAUCUUACGUAGAUAUGACGCUGCUUUCUUGGCUAUUAUUUUUUUUAAUAUGACGCCUU